UCAAUGUUAAAUGUAUCUGUAGAUAUAGAACGGAUAAAAUGAAGCGUCGCGUACGGCAAACAAAAAGUAAGGUGAAGGUAGAGAAAGGUGUGAAGGAUAAUAAAGGAAAACUUUCACCGGUUCUGGUACGAAAUCGCUGCAAGAGGUCUGGUCUGGAAGCUGUGAAGCUACAUCUGCAAGUCACCGGGGGUACCGGCAGAACAUCGCGUUCUGCUACAACGGUACGAAAAACGAGUCUCCGAAUGUCAGCGAUAAAAGAAUACCCCUUUGACCUCAGUGAUUUACAAAACCAACGAGAAGACAACUCGCCACCUCCACGAUAUAAUGCAAUACCUCCUGCAACAAACAACUUAGCAACAACAGACGGCAAGAGAAAAGUCUCCAUAAUGGCCGAUGAACACAAAAAUGGACACACAGAAAGUAGGAAUGGCCGAGUUUCAGCACAAGCAGAGGGGCCAUCGCGGCGGAAAAGCAAUUUACACAAUGCCAUGGCAGCGGAAAUGGAUACAUCAUGGGAACGACCCACACACAUCGAGGGUAGAUACAAGAAAUACUCCACUACAUCGUCUGUUCACUCGAAGAAAGCUCAUUCACACCACAGCGAACACGUCGAACGGUCGUGGUGGUACGCUUGUUGUCAAAAGUGUCACAGUGACGACUCCGGCAUUCCAACGUGGGAGCCACCGCACUGGCAAAAAAUUUGCCCCUAUCCACUAUGUCCGUCAUAUCGGCACUUUGCUCAAAACAUAUCAGUAUUAAUUAUCGGUAUUUUAGUAUGGUUAAUAGUAUGGAUGGUAUUAGGAGACACUGCGGCGCCAGGCGGGCAACUUUUCAUGUUGGCAAGUCUAACCAUAGCUGCCAAUAUCGGCGGCUGGCUGAUGGUGAAGCUGACGACGUUACCAGCUCUGAUUGGAAUGUUGUUUACCGGAGUGUUGUUAAAGAAUAUUGGCUUCGUUAAUUUCAAUACAGAAUAUUUACACGUGUGCUCGUAUAUAAGAAAAAUAGCUUUAACGAUAAUCUUAACGAGAGCUGGCUUAGAUCUGGACCCAAUGGCCAUGAAGAAAUGUUUCUUUUCCGUAAUUAAAUUGGCAGUAGUGCCAUGGACAUUUGAAUUUGUUUUGUGCGCUGUUAUGUCUAACCUUCUUCUUGGAUUGCCGUGGGACUGGGCAUUCCUCCUCGGUUCAGUGGUUGCUGCUGUGUCACCAGCGGUGGUGGUCCCGUGUUUAUUCCGCCUAAGAAGUAAGGGUUACGGGGUGUCCAAAGGUAUACCCACUCUCGUCCUCGCCGUAUCGGGGGUUGACGAUGCCAUCAGUGUUGCUAUAUUUGGUAUUCUGGCGUCUAUAAUGUUCUCAAGCUCCUCCGUCACAAUGAAUAUUAUACAGGGUCCGCUAAGUGUAAUCCUUGGAAUUGCAUUUGGGGUGCUAUGUGGUUACCUGAUCAAAUUCAUUCCCGAAAGGAACGAUGCGUUUUUGGUACCUUUGCGAGUGUUGUUAUUGCUCACUGGAGGCAUCGCUUCUAUAUUUGGCUCUGAAGAAAUUGGUUGGGGUGGUGCUGGUCCCAUGGCUGUUAUAGCAUUUUCAUACGUCGCUUGUAAGAAUUGGGUGGAACAAGGAUGGGAAUUAGAUGAUAAUCCAGUGGCCACAGCGAACGAGAUUUUCUGGAUGUUCUUUGAACCUAUGUUGUUCUCUAUAACUGGGGCUCAAGUUGUGAUUGCUGAUUUGCCCCCAAACUUAGUAUUAGUUAGCGUGGGUAUUCUUAUGACAUGUGUCAUUUUACGGGCCAUGGUAACAAGUGCUAGUGCGGUUUGUAGCAAUUUAAAUAUGAAGGAAAAAAUCUUCGUCGGAUUUUCAUGGAUGGCGAAAGCUACUGUACAGGCCGCCCUAGCAACUGUUCCUUUGGACUACAUCCGAAAGCUAGCAGGGAACAAUGAGCCCUCUAGCGAAUUACUUUACUACGCUGAUACAAUUAUCACUAUCUGCAUUCUCUCUAUUAUACUAACUGCGCCUCUAGGAGCCAUCAUCAUCACGAUAACGGGGCCUCGUUUAUUAUCUAAGACGUCGAAACCGCCAGUUUUAGAAGGUUGGCGUCGCUCACAUAGGCCUUCGAUUCGUGACAUAUCCAUCAUUGAUGAAGAGGAGAUAGCAGAACGUGAUGCUGAAGCCAGUGGGGAAGAACACAAUUCACCACCGAGCUCUCCUGACCCCACAACGAAAAUUCCCACAGCGUUCAGCACACCCAAUCCCAUCACAGUUCAACCGAACCAUCGCACUUGAUAGUGGUAAAACAAUUAUUUAUAUUCCCGUCCAAUAAUCCAAAAUAUUUAUUUAUAGCUAUAAUAAUAAGCAUUAUUUACAUUAUGGUUUUGCGAAGUUUCUGCGAUUUUAUAAAACUAAAUUAAUCGAAUUUAAUAUUUUUACGUUAAGUACUCUUUCAUAUAUUUCUGUCUAAUUGUAAUACAGUUUUAAAGUGACAGAACUUUAAAAACGGUGCAAUUAGACUGAUAUUGUUUUUAUAAGCGGCAUAAGUUUAUUGUCUAUAGUUGAAAUGAGUUGAUGUAAAUGAAUUUAUUAUACACACACUCAUAUCUGUUGAACCAGAAAAAAAUGUAAACCUUUAAUAUUUGUGCAUUGACGGAAUAUUUAGAGAAAAGUCUUAGUCAAUUUAUUAACUAUAAGAUUCAGAAAGAAGUACGUCAAAAAUGUAAUGAAUUUUGACAUACGAGAUAUUAAUUAAAAAAAUAGCAGUCAAAACACGUAAAGUGUAUGAAAAAAAUAUCAGGCGCUAAUAAUGUAUUAAUUUAAUUUAAUUAAUUUAAUUUAUUAAUUGUUUUAAAAACUUGCCCAAACUAUGACUGGCAUGUCUCAAAAUCCAGGACAUUGACGUACGGGAGUCAUUCUUAGCGCUGUUGUUACUGAAUCUUACCUUAAGGGUGAGUUUCACAAUGUCCGGAUAAGUUCCAAAUAAGCUAUUUAUUACUUAUUUGUAGGAUAAACUGUAUUUUUGCGUUUCACGACUGUCAGAUAGCGGAAUUCGUCAUGAAAUGCCAAGUACCUUAUUUGGAACUUUUAUCUUUCGAAUAAUUUAUGUGUUGCAUAGCUAUUUGGCACUUUAUCCAUACAUUGUGAAACAGGCCCUAAGUGUCAAAUCUUACUUACAGUUUAUACAUAAAAGUUUUUAUCCUUCAGAAAAUAAUAAAUAUAAGUAAUGUAUAAAUUGCAAAAAUCAAGUACUUGUAAAUGAUAAAUACAACAUUAUUUAUCAUAUAUUUUGUGGUCUAUUGUCGACCAUAUUAGUUUUACACAUCAAAAACUUAAACACGUUUUCUAAAUUUAUCUAUUUUAAAUUAUAUGUCCUUAAAUUUUGAUCAUAAAUAACGUUUCUUGCGUUUUUAAGAAUAUUGUAAAAUUCUAUCAAUACUAAUAUAUCAAUUUAUAUCAAUAAUAAUAAUAAGGAAAUAUGUUUACAUCCAUCUUGUUUUUAGAUAAAUUAGCCAGUGUUGGUGAACAAUCAUGGCGAUGUUACUCCAGCUUUUACACAAAAUAUAUUGAUUUAAAAAAAGAUCCAACAAUUGUAUAAUUUUAUUGCUUAGUUACAGAUUUAAAAAUGUAUAUACCAGUCCAUUCUAAUUUUACCUCUUUUUAUCUUUAUUAAUUGAUUUUUUUACUUAAUAUACGCCAUUUUAAGGUAGUACAUACUAACCUUAAAAUGGCGUCGAUUUUAAAUUUUUUUUUGUUAUGACAUGAAUACUUUUGACAAAAUAUAUUUAAUGUUAGCAGUAUUAAGUGAAAAUAUUAACCAUGUGAUAUUUAAGUAUUUUAUACAUAAGAUAAACCUCACUUUAAAUUUGUUUUUUAAUUGAAGCAUCUUUCUUCUUGAAAACAAAAUUAUUUCUUUCCUCCUCUGUUUAUUCGGAAUAGAUAGCUGUCGAUAUGCAAAAACCUUGAUAUAUACUUGUAUAUAAAAAAAUAAUCGAGACGCAAAAUGUCCCUAUUUGUGUCAGUUUUUGUAAAGUUACAUUAUUUAUCGGUCAGUCAUUGUUAACAAGAUUCUUAGGCCUUUCCCUUGAAUGAGGGAAUUGAAUUUUUGUAAAAUUGAGGAAACGAGCCUGUGAAUUGGCUAUAAAAGGUUACACCAGCCCAAGGAGGCCCAUUUAGUCACUGGAUGUGUUGUCGGCCUUUGUGGGAGACUCUGUAGCUUAAAACCACUAUUGUACCUAUGCGAUUUUAUUACAAAACAUAAACUUAGUUGUAAGUAUUAUAAUUAUAUUUUUAGAACAGUACCUUGGUAAUUGUAAAUUAUGAUAUUAGAUGUAAGCGUAUGUGCCUCAAAUAAACAUUGUAAAUAGUUUUAUUCUCUGUUGAAAAUGUCAAAAUAAAAUAAUCAUUUUGAAAUAA